AUGAAGGUUGAAAUCGACGACGAUGAGUAUCAUUACUGUAUGGACAGACUAUAUCUUCAGACCAAGAACAACCCAACCCCCGAUAAGGUGAUCCACAGUUCCACAUGCCAAGCAGUGCCAAAGUAUUUGCAAGAGUGCAACCAGCUGGGAUCACUAGUCUGUAGGCCAGAGUCUCUCACUUCAAGCUUUAAUCCUGCCGUGGCCUUCCUGUUUGCUGAUGGUGCCAACCCAAACCAUCCAGCAAAUAGCAUCAAGCUUCUUCUUGAUGAUUCUGGACCUUUCCUUCUACCUAUUUCUGAACAACCUUUUCCACCCCCUACUUUCCCAGAACUUGAAUUGAAGAUUAAGGAAUCUGUCGAAUCACUUGGGGGUUCAGUCUUUCCUAAAUUGAAUAGGAGUGCACCUAAAGACUUAGCUUGGAUAAGCACCACUGGUCUAAUCCAAUGCACCACGUUUAGUGAGAUUACACUCUUGCUAAGAGUAUCUGACUCCUUGAUCCAUGAUUUGUGUCAUGCAUAUGAUUCAUGCACUGAUAAAGUCAUUGUCAAAACCCCCGAGUUUCUUCGUUGCACUCUGCAAGUGAUACCCAUCCCUUCUGCCGGAGAUGGAAAUCCGUUGUUUUGUAUGGGGUCAAAUCUAGUUGGUACUUCUCAGCGUGAUGUCACUACUUUUUACCCGGUUCUUCUUGAGAAGAAAAGUAAUAUUGAGUGGUUGAUCAAGCAAUUUUAUGAGGAUCACGUGAGGCUAAAAUUUGAAUCUGAGAAUUACACAUUUGAUGUUUAUGUUACAAAGGAUGAGCGGAUUAAGGUUUUGGAUUUCAACCCUUGGGGUGCAUUUUCAUUGCCAUUGUUGUUUAAUUGGGAAGAGUUAAGAGCAGAACACCAGGGAAGAAGGAGACACAAGUGGACUUUAGAAUUGUGGACAGCCAGUGUGCUGUUAGGCCAGGGAUGAAGACAGCAGUGCCAUAUGAUCACUUGGAUGCCAGCCCCAGGAGUGGCUGAGAUCAAUUUUUGAGAAUGCUGAUGAAGAGUUACAACAGCAGAUUAAGUCUCCUGAAGCAGUUUCUCUAUCAACUGUGAUUCAUAUAUUUAGUUCCAUGGGGGCAGACUAUAUAUUCCUGUUGCUGAAAAACAAGAUUUUGCAUCCACAAUCAAUUGCAUAAUGAUGAAACUCGAUUUGUGCAACCUC